CCAAAUUCAUUCACUCAAUAUGGCAAUGGGUCUUCUCCAUCUCCCUCUUCCUUCUCCCUUAUCAUCUUUUACAACCACACAACCGCUUCCUUCUCAUUCUAACUUAUGUAUACUCUCUCGAAUGGUUACACGACCGACCACCGUUGCUAAAGAAGUUUAUGAUGAGUCUAUUGUUCGACGAUCUGCAAAUUACCAACCUCCCAUUUGGAAGCACGAGUUUGUUCAAUCAUUGACAAGUGAAUUCAUGGAAGAGACGUGUUUAAAUAGGAGGGAUAUUCUAAAAGAAAGAGUGAAAAUGAUGGUGACUGAAGAAUUGGUUGGAGAUCCUUUGAGACAAUUGGAGGUGGUGGAUGAAUUGCAAAGGCUUGGAUUGUCAUAUCACUUUGAAAAGGAAAUAAAUGAAAUAUUAGAGAUUAUUAUGAAUGAUAGAUUACAUGGUGAAAAGAAUUAUAAUAUGGAGUGGAAGAAGAACAAUUUAUAUGCCACAGCUCUUCAAUUUAGGAUUCUAAGACAACAUGGCUAUCACGUCCCUCAAGAGGUCUUCAACGAGUUUAAGGAGGAGAUGGAAACUUGUAGUAUAUGUACUGUUUGUGAAGAGCGAGCUAAAGGAAUGUUAUCAUUGUACGAAGCUUCAUUUUUAGCAAUGGAAGGUGAAAAUUAUUUGGAUGAAGCAAGAAACUUCGCCCUCAAAUAUCUUUGCAAUUACCUCAAAUCAAAUAGCAAUGGAAUUUUUUCGAUCAUGGUAAGACAUGCUUUGGAACUCCCGAUUCAUUGGAGGAUGCAGAGAUUGGAGGCCAGAUGGUUCAUCGAUGUUUAUGAAAGAAAACCAGAUUCAAGUCUCAUGUUGUUGGAGUUGGCCAAGUUAGAUUUCAAUAUUCUUCAAUCCACGCACCAGGCCGAGCUAAAACAUGUGUCCAGGUGGUGGAAGAGCACAGGACUGGGAGAAAAACUUGGUUUUGCAAGGGACAGACUGAUGCCAAAUUUCUUGUGGUCUGUGGGAAUGAGUACUAGUGAGCUUCACCUCGGAUACUUCAGAAGAAUGACCACCAAGAUUGCUUCUUUAAUAACAAUAAUUGAUGAUGUUUAUGAUGUUUAUGCAACUUUGGACGAACUUGAGCUCUUCACCGAUGCAAUUGAGAGAUGGGAUAUUGCUGCAAUACAUCAAUUACCAGAUUACAUGAAAAUAUGUUUCAUUGCUCUCCAUAACACCAUCAACGAUAUGGCUUUCGAUGCUCUCAAAGAACAAGGAGUCAACGUCAUUCAAUAUUUAAGAAAAGUGUGGGUAGAUUUAUGCAAAACAUUUUUGAUUGAGGCAAAGUGGUACUACACCGAUUGUAAACCAACGUUGGAAGAGUAUUUAGAAAAUGCUUGGAUUUCAGUAUCGGGACCUCUUCUUCUAGUUCACGCUUAUGUUUUUGUCACAAAGUCAAUAACAAAGGAGGAUUUGGAAGGCUUGGAAGACUAUCCUGAUAUUAUUCGAUAUUCGUCCAUGAUUUUUCGCCUUUCCAAUGACUUGGCUUCAUCAUCGGAUGAAGCAAAGAGAGGUGAGGUUGCAAAAUCACUCCAAUGUUACAUGAACGACACGGGUGCCUCCGAACAUGAAGCACGGACGCAUAUAAAAGGUUUGAUUAUCGAAUCAUGGAAGAGAAUGAACCGAUUACACAGUUCGAAUUCUUCAUCAUACUUUUCUCAAACUUUCUUUGAAAUUGCCUCAAAUCUUGCGAGAAUUGCUCACACAGUAUACCAACAUAGAGACGGGCACACUGUUGAAGAUCAUGAAAGCAAAGAUCGUGUGUUAUCCUUAUUCAUCAAUCCUAUUUAGAUUCAUAUGUAGAUUUUAAUUAAAUAUUAUUUACUGUUGGUGAAUGUUCAUUUAUGAGAUCUGCGCAUAUAAAUAAACAAUUACGAACAACUAUUAAAUGCUCUAAAUGUCAAAGGAGUGAGGAAAAAUACUAUUGAUAACUAGGAAAAUAAUUUUAGAAA